UUUUACAUGGGUCGAUAGCCAAAAGCAAAUUUCCAUUUUUUAUUCUUUCCUCGCAGCCAAACGGAGUUUCGAGUAGAACAUCUGAAUUCUUCUAGAAACUACUCGACCUUUUCUACGACUCUCUUCAAAACACCACCGUAUAUUCUAUCCAAUUCCCAUCACCUCCACGGCUCCACCCCCAACAGCUCAAAUUCAGACAUUAAACAGCCCGAAACCCACCCUUUCCUUUCCGACCAAAAUCUCAGACUGACAAAGACAUUAUCAUCAGCAGCCAUGUUCGGCGUGGUCUUCCCCAACCGGAGCUUCCCGAUGGACAUCUCCGCCUUCUCCCAGAUCGACACCUUCCACUGGCUCCUCGACAUGAACACCUUCGUCGGCGACGCCUACGACCAGGUCCGCGAGAUCUGCAUCUUCCUCCUCAACAACUUCACUCUCCCUCCCGACAAAGCCCUUGCCGUCUACGCCCAAUCCCCCGGUUCCCCCUUCGUCUUCUGCGGCGCCGUCACUCUCGCCCGCCCCUCCGCCGUCCUCUCCCUCCCCUGGCCCGAUCCCCCCUCCGCCGCCUCCGGGGAGCAGCUCCAGAUCGCCGCCGCGGAUGCCGUUCCGCCGUCGGCGAAGAUCGGGGUUUCGGUGGAGGACCUGGCGUUGCUGCCGUCGCUGGACGUGGCGGCGGAGAAGAGGAUCGAGCUGUUGGCGAUGAAGGUGGGGGAGAAUCUGUUUAAUUUCAUGCAGUCGUUUUGCGGCGUCGAUGGGUCGAAGCUUGUUGUCCCAAUGGAUAUUUUGGACAGAUGGUUCAAGAAGUUUCAGGAGAAGGCCAAGAGAGAUCCUGAAUUCUUGAAACGCUUUGCUUUGUGAUUUUUUUUUUUUUUUUGUUUUUUUUUUAAGAUUAGUGCUUAUUUAUCUCUCUCUUUUUUUUUUUUUGGGUCUAAUUUAGGUGAUUUGUAGUGUGCUUAUUUAUCAACAAUUCUGAUGUUGGAGCAAUGUGAUUACUUUUAUUUCAAAAGGGGAAGAAAGAAGGUGAGGAAAUUGGAUUCGGGGGUGUUUGAUAAAUUUGCCUAAAUUAUAGAAAAGCUACUUUUUUUUUUUUU